AACCGGUAUUCUUAGGGUGGAAAAAUUAAGAAAUACAGAUAUGCAAAAAGAAAACUCCCAAACUCACAUAAUCCACCAUCCAGAGAGGGUGAGUAAAUGUUAACAUUUAUUCAAGUAUUUCCUCAGAUGUCUCCUCCUCGGGAAGACCUUUGUUGACCACCAUCCUGUCUAUAGUAGACCCCAACACUCUGUCCCCCACUGGCUUUGUGUCCCAGCCCAGCCCUCAACACCGCCUGCAGCGACAUUCUCUCCUGGUCUGUCUGCAAGUCCUCUGGUCCCUGGAGCAUCAGAAGCCCUCGCUCGGUUUGUCUACGGAUUUUGAGCAUCUGAAGUUGACCUCUGCUUUAAGCAUUUGCUGCUGCUCCCUCACUGCCUGGAGAGAUGUCUGUCGCUUACGAUGAUUCCGUUGGAGUAGAAGUAUCCAGCGAUAGCUUCUGGGAGGUCGGGAACUACAAGCGGACCGUGAAGCGGAUUGACGAUGGCCACCGCCUGUGCAGCGACCUCAUGAACUGCCUGCACGAGCGGGCGCGCAUAGAGAAGGCCUACGCACAGCAGCUCACAGAGUGGGCGCGGCGCUGGCGGCAGCUCGUGGAGAAAGGGCCCCAGUAUGGGACGCUGGAGAAAGCCUGGACAGCGGUCAUGUCCGAGGCGGAGAAGGUGAGCGAGCUGCACUUGGAGGUGAAGGCCUCUUUGAUGAACGAGGACUUCGAGAAGAUCAAGAACUGGCAGAAGGAGGCCUUUCACAAGCAGAUGAUGGGAGGCUUCAAGGAGACCAAAGAAGCCGAGGAUGGCUUUCGGAAGGCGCAAAAGCCCUGGGCCAAGAAGCUGAAAGAGGUAGAAGCAGCAAAGAAGGCCUACCACGCGGCGUGCAAAGAGGAGAAGUUGGCCACAUCACGAGAAACCAACAGCAAAGCAGACCCGUCCCUCAAUCCCGAGCAGCUUAAGAAGUUGCAAGACAAAGUAGAAAAGUGCAAGCAAGACGUUCUGAAGACCAGAGAGAAGUAUGAGAAGUCCCUGAAGGAGCUCGACCAGGGCACACCGCAGUACAUGGAGAACAUGGAGCAGGUGUUUGAGCAGUGCCAGCAGUUCGAGGAGAAGCGUCUGCGCUUUUUCCGGGAAGUUCUGCUGGAGGUCCAGAAGCACCUAGACCUGUCAAACGUGGCCAGCUACAAGAGCAUUUACCGCGACCUGGAGCAGAGCAUCAAAGCCGCCGACGCGGUGGAGGACCUGCGGUGGUUCAGAGCCAACCACGGGCCGGGCAUGUCCAUGAACUGGCCGCAGUUUGAGGAUGAAGAGUGGUCCGCAGAUCUGAAUCGAACUCUCAGCCGGAGAGAAAAGAAGAAGGCUGCUGAUGGCGUCACCCUGACGGGCAUCAACCAGACGGGCGACCAGGCUUUGCAGAACAAGCCUAGCAGUGAUCUUAGUGUCCCGAGCAAUCCCGCACGAUCCGCGCAGUCACUGUCCAGCUACAACCCUUUCGAGGAUGAGGACGACACGGGGAGCAUCGUCAGUGAGAAGGAGGACAUUAAGGCCAAAAACGUUAGCAGCUAUGAGAAGACCCAGAGCUACCCCACAGACUGGUCAGAUGAUGAAUCUAACAACCCGUUCUCGUCCACGGAUGCCAACGGGGACUCAAACCCGUUUGACGAGGAUGCCACCUCGGGGACAGAAGUGCGGGUCCGGGCCCUCUAUGACUAUGAGGGGCAGGAGCAUGACGAGCUGAGCUUCAAGGCGGGGGACGAGCUGACCAAGAUAGAGGACGAGGAUGAACAGGGCUGGUGCAAGGGACGCUUGGACAACGGGCAAGUCGGCCUGUACCCAGCCAAUUACGUCGAGGCAAUCCAGUGACAGGCCCGCCGGCCGGCUGGCGGAGAGUGGAGGCAGAGGUCGCAGGCGCAGCGGCGCUCAGGCAGCAGCUGGCUCUGUGAGCGUCCGCUCCUCUUCCUGCAAAACACGAUGGCUCCGUCGCUGUCGGCUUCAUGGUGUCUCUCAGAGACAGACGGGCUGGUCGCCUCACCGGGGGGACCCGGCACCUUUCCGCACGCGGCGCAGACGGAGAGGUCUGAGCGCCGGAAGACAGUACAACAGACUCGCCCUGUCCCCCUCUCCCGCUCACUGUGCGCGUUGGCUUAUCAUGGACCUGUCUGUUCUUGACUUGUCUCUCCUCUGCUCUGAGUCCAUGGUGGGUCCCACUGAUUCUUGUUCCUCUGAUUCCUUCCUCGGACGCGUCCCGUCUCCUGCACCUUCAAUGAACAAGCUUCCAUGCCAUUUUCUGAGUGAAGACGUCGAGGUUUUUAAUUUAAAGGCUGUGUACAGUUACACUUUUUUAUGUACCUGCUCUUCCAUUCACUCACACUUAAAUUAUGGCACAGAUUGAUAGCCGCCAGGGUUGAGGACAGCUCUCCCCGCGCCACGCUGGGGCCGGCGGCCGGAGCUGCAGCUCCCUGAGCCCCGCCGUGCGUGGGGCCCGAGAUCGCGGUGGGAGGUGGGAGCACCUUUGGCGGGUUUCUGUUGUGAAUGCCCUACGCAUUUGGGGCGUCUGCCAUGACUUCUGGAAAUAACCUUACGUAGUACUCCCAAGUGUCCCCAUAUUUAAAAAGUAUUUUCAUUCUA